CCGCGCCCAUCCGUCUACACGACAUGUUCCAGGAAGAAAACCCGGCGUCGAGGCGGUGAAUGAACACUCCGGGUCAGGUUUUUGCUCUUUAUUCUCCUUUUAUUUUACCGUUUGGACCGAGACUCAGUCAACAUGCUGAUCAAAGAGUUUACCAAGUGGGGCAGCUUUAUGCAGUAGCAGAGGCCAGUAAGAGCGAGACGGGAGGAGGAGAGGGAGUGGAGGUGCUUGUGAAUGAGCCGUAUGAAAAGGAUGGAGAGAAGGGACAAUAUACUCAUAAAGUCUAUCACCUUCAAAGCAAAGUGCCACAGUUUGUUCGCAUGAUUGCUCCAAAGGGUUCUCUGGAGGUCCACGAGAAGGCCUGGAAUGCAUAUCCUUACUGUCGAACAAUCCUCACUAACACUUAUAUGAAAGAUAAGUUCAUGAUUAAGAUUGAGACGUGGCACAAGCCUGAUAUGGGGAACGAGGAAAAUGUACAUAAACUAGAUGAAAAUGUCUGGAAAAACACAGAGGUUAUUAACAUUGACAUUGCAGAAAGAAGUUGCAUCUCUGAUAAGGACUACAAGCCAGAACAAGAUCCUGCGAUAUUUAAGUCUGUAAAGACGGGGAGAGGGCCUCUGGGACCUGACUGGCAGAAAGAACUCGCUCAGAACCCCAACUGUCCUCACAUGUGUGCCUAUAAGCUCGUCACUGUUGAGUUCAAAUGGAUGGGGCUGCAGAACAAGAUGGAGAGCUACAUACAGAAGGUGGAGAAGCGUUUGUUUACACACUUCCACAGACAGCUGUUCUGCUCGAUCGACAAAUGGGUGGAUCUGACGAUGGAAGACAUUCGACGAAUGGAAGACGAGACCCAGAAGGAGCUGGAUGAGAUGAGGAAGAAUGAUCAGAUUAAAGGGAUGUCUGCUGAUGAGUGAAGAGUGAUGAUGUGACCCAUCUGAUGCUGGACGACAGGCUCCGACUCCUCAUCAGGCUGCAUCUCCAACAGCUUCUUAGGCAUAAUCAAGAAUACCUUCCUUACAUCUUAAUAAAGAUUUGCUCUUAAUAAGAG